CCACCGAUUUUUUUCGCGUCACUAGUGCGCAUGUGUGCCUGCGCGUCCCUUCUAUGUCUUGCUACUCCCAUAAUCUAUCCAGUGUAGUACUCCCAGCACUUUUGUAACCUUUGUUUUGGGAAAAUGAGACUGUUCUUUCUUCUGGUUUGGCUAUAGCUUGACGUAUGUCCACUGACUGUUGUAUAUGAUAUUUUGUUAAUUAUAUCAUUUUAGUCUGGAUUUUGUGUAUGGUAUCUUUUUUGUGGCAAGUUAGACAACAGACUUCGUGACAUGACGGGCAACUCUGCUGUAGUCGGUGGUCGCAUAUUUGAGGGAGAGUCCUACGUGGAUUUUGUUACUGAAAGCUUGUUGAUUCGGGGGAAAAGAGGUUUCCGGCUUUGUUUAUGAUUUACUUUUCUGUUCAAAACCAGUACCCAAACAUCGUAAAAAGAGUCACUCCUGUUUUGUGUCGGAAUCUGCACUUAAAACCCGCAAGGAUGAAGUUAAAUGAACGCAGUGUUGUGUACUAUGCCACAUGCGAUUCUCCAGCAGAUAUGGUUGGAUAUUUGUACAAAAAGGGAGAGCGCAACACAGCUUAUCAUAGACGAUGGUUUGUUUUAAAGGGCAACAUGCUUUUUUAUUUUGAGGAAAAGGACAGUAAGGAGCCAAUUGGAGUGGUCAUCCUUGAAGGUUGUACGGUUGAACUGUGCGAGUCUUCAGAAGAGCAUGCAUUUGCAAUUAAGUUUGAAUGUGCUAAGUCACGGACUUAUAAAAUGGCUGCUGACACCUAUGAAGCAAUGGAAUCUUGGGUAAAGGCUCUGUCAAGAGCUAGUUUUGACUAUAUGAGGCUUGUUGUUAAAGAGCUUGAAAAGCAAUUAGAAGAAAUGCAGAAGAGUAUCCCCACUGGAAGCAAACCGAAACGAAGAAUAGGACACUCCAAAAAAAUACCUUCAAAUCAUCAUAUAAGACCACCUGCCAUUUACAGUUCAUCUGCUGAAGAAUGUAUUUACUUUGGGUCCCCUGUAAAAGAAAAUGGUUGUGCUUCUUGGAACAAUUUGCCAGUGGAUAGUUUGCCAAAUGGACACGAAAGUGUAUGUUCCACUGGUUCUUGUAACAGUAGACCUUCUUCAGACACUAGUAGUGAGUUGACUGUAAUUCCUCCACCACUGCCUCCAAGAAGACGUCCACCAACAGAGAGUAGUGCAAGCGUAGUUGCUUGCCAGACACCCAUUACAGAAAGCCCAGUCUCCCCAGGAACAGUGUGCUUUGCAAGGUUGCACGACUGGUAUGGCAGAGAAGUCAUUGAGAUAAGGAAGCAGUGGCAAGGAACUCAGAAAGACGUUCAUUAACUGAAUUUUGUUUCAGUAACUGCAAAACUGAAAACUAAUGGCUGAAAAGUUACUAGCUUAAUUAUUUAGAUACGAAGGCUAAGCUUGGCCCUCCUGCAUGCAGUAGGUCUUUCACUUUAUUAAAAGUCUUUCUUCAGAAAGUGAUAAACUUGGUAGUAGUUGGCUGCUGUUUGAUUGGUGUGAUUUGCUUCCAUUUUUCACUUUUGCAUGACUUUUUUGCUGUUUGGUUCAAGAGAGGCUUAUGCAAGUCUGCUGUUUUCUAGUCCUACAUAAGCUAGUGUAGGUUAUUAAAGUAGAAUUAUUGAAAAUAGAGAAUGCUGCCUAAAAAAAAAUUGAGUUACAUCUCUGCAUGAAAGCCCCCCCCCCCCUUUAAAAAAAUUGUCAUGCUUAGACUGCUACAUUUUUGGAGAUGAAGCAAGGUUAGUAUCCGCAAAAAUAUUUUUAAGUAGCUUUACAGUUGGAUAUGGGAGUUUAUCUCUUCAGUGUGCUGGAGGUAUGAACUCACAAACUAUGAUUAUUUGAAUUAUUACAGCUGCAGAUAUAGAAACAAACAUACAAGCUUUUUUUAGCUGAAUACCAGUCUUUGCAGAGCACUUUUUAGUACACAGAUAUUUAACUUUUAAUAUAGAAUGUUUUCCCAGACACACAAUUUUCUCUGUCAAAUUAAACUUAUUUCUGAAACUGUAUUUGUUACACUCCUCCUCUGGCAACCUAAUCUGGCAUCUGUGUCAAACCCAGCUGGUAGGGGUAGAAAGUAAAGGCAAGGGGAGGGGCUCACAUUAAGUUGCAUUAGGUACUUGUUCCCAAAAGAUGGAAAAUACAAGGAACUGCUUGACUUUUCUGUGCUGCUUAUUUAACCCACUGUGGUACAAUUCCUGUUGGCUACAACCUACUAUUUCCUCAUGUUUAUGUAAAAAAAAAUAGCAGUUUAAGAGCCAAGUAAACAGAUUAAGCAACAUACAAAUAAAUCAGAGUAACAGCAACUUUUCAAAUAUGUUAUUUUAAAAUCAAAAACUGUGCUACAGCCAGAGCCAUUAAAUUUUGCUUUGCUGUAAUGGAGCCCUGACCUGCAGCAGCUUUGCAAAACCUAAAGCUUUUGGAACUAAUUCCUUCCGUUAUUACAGUGUAAUAUGAUGUAUUGUUUGAGAGAUGGUCAUUGCAUUUUGCAUUAUGUAAUGCUGCUUUUUUAUCCACAACAAAAGCAUUUGAUUAACCUUUCUUUAUGGUACAAGGAAACAAACUCUUGAACAGGAAACAAGUUAAAAUUAUGAAAAUGAAACAAAAGUUUUUAAUGACAGCAUAUUUUGUCUUUAUAGGGCAUUUGUGCUCUGGAACGCAUCUCAAAGCAGUGGUCUCGCAGUGCUGCAGAUGUGCCUGUAAAGUGCUCUUUGAUCACAUUAUACCAAAGCUGUUUUACAGAGUCAAGGGCUGAAAAAAGUUCUAUGGUUAGUCUGUAUCUCUGACUGGAAGAUGUUAACUGAUGUUAUGAGAGAGAAUCAUGGAUUUGUACUAUAAGCCUGCUUUAAAACACCAAAACACAGAACAUUUAUUAGAAAACAGACAUUUUCUUGUUAAGUGUUAAGCUGAUUUACUGGAUGUUGAAACAGUGGAUGUUGUAAAAACAAAUCAUGAGAGCUGCUUGAAUAUUUUAUGUGCUUAUUCUUGCAGUAAUGAUGUUUAGAAAAAGAAGAGCUGUUGCUGAGCAAAAACAGUUUUUAAUAUGUAGCUUAAGGGAGUAGUAAUUGAUGAGACGGCCUUUUAAACAAAGUUUAUCGUUGCAGAACAUUAAGAAACAUUUUCGUGUUUUACAGAAUUUUCUUUGUAAGUUUUUAUUACAGUUUGUGUGGUUGGCAGUGGAACCUGCACUAGUUAAGGCAUUUAUAGGCUGACUUCACUCAUUUGAUGAAGUUGCAAUCCCCUUUUUCCAGCAUUAGACUCCAAAAUAGUGCCAUAGAUGUUAGGUUUCAGUUGACGUAACUUGCGUAUCAAGGGUAUUGUGGAAUUUACCACUUAAUGAAAAUGUACAGUGAAAAGGAAACUGGGUGUUAAUCUGACAAAAUGAAUGUUGGAGAAAUAGGUUGUAGUUUAUCUAAACUCGUUAACUUGGGGCACCCAUACAAAAAAAGCUGUGUAAAUGUCAUAUUCUGGCACAGUGCAAUAAACUGUACUUUUUUAAAAUGUUA